AUGAUUCAGAUUAUUGCGCCGAGGGGCCCCCUGCAGGAAAUGCUGCUGUUGGAAUUGCAGGGCAAAGUUGUCAUACCUCCCAAGUUACUGGAGGAGGAGCGGGAGAGGCAGAGAAUUCCCAACAGCAGUGAAGAGGAAGUGAAGGCAUGCUCUCAAGUUACUGGUGGGAAGAGGCUAAGGGAAGACGGUGAAUGUGGCGUUAAUGUUGAUACCAAUCAGGUGGUGGAGGUGCCGUUGGGCUGCGUAGUGUGGGACUCGCGCAAUGAGACGCGCUGUUCGCUUCAAAUUGGGACGGUUGAAGUCAGUGGCAGUUAUGGGAAGAGACGAGAGCCCCUUCUUGUGUUGAAGCGCUGUGUUGUAGGGGACAAAACUGCUGAUGCGGAAGGUGCGGUGGCAUGUGAAUACUCAGAAUCGAGUGGUUCUCAGUGCUGUUUGCUACAGGAAUGGCUGCAAGAGCAUCCCGAGGAACUCACAUUGGAUGCCACUGUGAGGGGCGCAACAGUCCCCAGAAAAGUGUACGAGCUGGUUGGUGUUGUGGAGCGUUACAUUCACUUGAACUCAAAGCCCCUCCGUAGGUUCGUGUGA